AUGUAUUUAAAUCCACUAAAUAAACUUCCUCUUUUUAAUACUAAUGUUGAUGUACCAGAAGAAAUUGUAAAUAAUCAGAAUGUACCAGUUAAAACAAUAAAUGGAGAAGAUCCAUUUAAUAUUAUUCGAGAAUUUGGAAAGAAAUAUUUAGGACUAAAAUGUCCACAUGCACAAUUUACAAAAGCAAAAUCAGCAAUAACAUCUGGAUCAUUGAGUAAUUUACCAUUAACAAAAGAAUAUUUAAAUACACCAAUAACAAUUACAUGGGAAAAUGGAGAAAGUCUAACAGUUAAUUAUAAUAUAAUGAAAUUUAAUCCAACGAAUCAGAAAUUCCAAGAAGUACUUGAAAGAAGUAAAAGAAGAGGAAUAAGAGGUGGAAUAAGAAUAGAAGAUUUUGAAGAAGGAAAUGAAAGAAAAAGAAUAAAACAAGAAAAUGAUGAAUAUAAACCUAAUUGUUCUGAAUAUAACGAAGAAAUAUGUUGUUUAACAACAAGUAACAAAGUAAAUACAUUGAUUGUAAAUACUUUUGAUGCUAUUUCUAAUGGGUACUAUUUUUUGGAUAAAUUAACUGAAUGUCUUGAUAAGUUUGAUUCAAAUGAUUAUCCAAUUCAAGUAAUAUUCCCAAAAAAUGGAGGAGGUUUGGUGAAACUUGCACAAACAAUCGAAAAGGCAUUAUCACCAUAUGAUGAUGUUGAUUAUAUACUUUCAGCAAGAAUAUCAGAAUUUACAGAAGAUAUAAUGAAAAAAGGAUAUGCUUUAUAUAUGUAUGACCCAGAAACAUGUGAAAGCAGAGAAAAUGAAAUUAAUCCAAAAACACUUGGAGAAUGGUACACAAACCAUAGAACUAUUAAAUAUGAAGAUGUUGAACAUAAUGUUACACAACCAUCAAUAGUUAGUCUUAUGAAAAUACUACAAACAAUCUCUUUUAAUGAUGUUCCUGAAAUAAAGCAAUCGAUGAAACAUCCAAGAAAACCGACAGAAAUAGUAGUUUAUACAGAUUCAUAUUGUUAUUCAGCAUGUUCAUUGGUAACAAAAGGAUUAAAAGAAUGGGGAGGAGCUAUUAUUGUAGGAUUUGAUGGUGAUCCAUAUGGAAAAGAUGAAGAAUUUGAAGUAGGAUUAUCACCAUCUAAUAAUAUUCGUAGUAUUACUGAAAUAGAUUCAAAUAAUAUUUUUAAACAAUAUGGAUAUAAAUUGGGAUUAACUGUUAGAGAAACAUGCAGAUUUAAUUAUAAUUACAAUGAAACAAUUCCAAGAGAAUUUUUAACAGAUAUGAUUGAUGAAAGAGUGAAUAUUUAUCAAUUCUCAAACGAUAAGAUAAAUAAAACGAAAUGUAAUCCAAAGAAUAAAAGAUUAGUUAAAAGAGAUGAAAAAUGUGAUGAAGAAGUUAAUAUCGAACAUGGACAUGGAGGAUAUGAAUGUGGAGAUAAUGGAGAAUGGAGUACAAAAUGUGUAUUGGCAUAUUGUGAUGAAGGAUAUAAAUUUGAUUAUAUCAACAAUAGAUGUAUUGAAGACGUUUGUCUUUAUCCACCAAAUCCAAGCAAUGGAACAAGAGACAUGAGAAUAAAUCUAUUCAUUAUGAUAAUUGGAAUAAUGAUGAUAAUUCUCUAA